AUGUCGAGUCCCCUCACUGGCAGCCAGGCCCCCUACCCCUCUGUGGACACGGUGGACCUGGUAGACCAGAGUCUGAAGAAUGCAGGGGCCACUGGCUCUGGCCUGACCUUGGAGGAUGGAGGCACAGACCCCUGGGCCCUCCCUCAGCUUAAGGAUACCAGCCAGUCCUGGAAAGAGCUCAGCGUGGCCCGCAGGGUGCGGCGGGUGGUCAUUGGCUUCCUCAAGGCCUGUGGCCUCCUGGGCAACCUCUACCUCUUCAUCUGCUCCCUGGACAUCCUCAGCUCUGCCUUCCAGCUGCUGGGCAGCAAAGUCGCUGGAGACAUCUUCAAGGACAACGUGGUACUGGCCAACCCUGUGGCUGGCCUGGUCAUUGGUGUGCUGGUCACAGUCUUGGUGCAGAGUUCUAGCACCUCCUCCUCCAUUGUGGUCAGCAUGGUGGCCUCCAAUCUGCUGACCGUUCAGAUGUCGGUGCCUAUCAUCAUGGGUGUCAACGUGGGCACGUCCAUCACCAGCACCUUGGUCUCGAUGGCACAGUCUGGAGACAGGGAUGAGUUCCGCAGGGCUUUUGGCGGCUCGGCUGUGCACAGCAUCUUCAACUGGCUCACGGUGUUGAUCCUGCUGCCCUUGGAGAGUGUGGGGGCAGUGCUAGAACGACUCAGUGCCCUGGCCCUAAGUGCCGCCAGCCCGGAGCCAGGGGCUCACACACCGGACAUCCUCAAGGUGCUAACAAAGCCAUUCACACACCUCAUCAUUCAGCUGGACACUGACUUAAUCGGGGGCAGUGCCUCGGGUAAUGCCACCACCAGAAGCCUCAUUAAGCAGUGGUGCUGCCCUGUGAGCCCCCCGUCCUGCCCUUGUGCCCUGUCUGAAACUGGGCAUGGGGCCCCGCUGACCACCCCCUGCCCUGCCUUGCCAGGCCACCACCUGUUUGUGGGCACGACGCUCAGUGACCUGGCCGUGGGCUUCAUCCUACUGGCCGCCUCCCUGCUGGUGCUCUGCGCCUGCCUCGUCCUCAUCGUGAAGCUGCUGAACUCGGUGCUACGUGGCCGCAUCGCCCAGGUUGUGAAGACCAUCAUCAACGCUGACUUCCCCUUCCCGUUUGGCUGGCUAAGUGGCUACCUGGCCAUCCUGGUGGCCGCUGGCCUGACUUUCGUGGCCCAGAGCAGCAGCGUGUUCACAGCUGCCAUUGUGCCUCUGAUGGGGGUCGGGGUGAUCAGCAUGGAGCGAGCCUACCCGCUCUUCCUGGGUUCCAAUGUUGGGACCACCACCACGGCUCUGCUGGCUGCCCUGGCCAGCCCCUCGGACAUGCUGCUCAGUGCUCUCCAGGUGGCCCUUAUCCACUUCUUCUUCAAUGUGAUCGGCAUUCUGCUGUGGUAUGUGGUACCCGUUCUGAGGCUGCCCAUCCCAUUGGCCAAGCACUUCGGGGACGUGACUGCCCGCUACCGCUGGGUGGCCAUUGCUUACCUGUUGCUCAGCUUCCUACUGUUGCCCCUGGCCGCCUUUGGCCUCUCCCUGGCGGGUACCACCGUGCUGGCUGCGGUAGGGGGGCCCCUAGUGGGGCUGCUGCUCGUGGUGGUCCUAGUUAAUGUCUUACAGCGGCGCCGGCCAGCCUGGCUGCCCCCCUGCCUGCGAUCGUGGGCCUGGCUCCCACGCUGGUUACGCUCCCUGGAGCCCUGGGACCACCUGUUCAGCCGCUGCUGCCCCUGCAAGACCUGCAGUACCCCUCCAGCUAGCGACAAGGAGACUUACUGCUAUGAGAACCCAGAGAUUCUGGCCUCCCAGCCUCUGUGA